GUUGAUACUCUUAAGAUUGAAAGUUUAUGAAAGUACUAGCAAUUAACGAUUAAGAGUAAUUACUUACGGUCUACGAUAACUGAGAAGAGCAAUAAGUAACAGCAUAUUUCUGUCUCUGGUGAAUGGAUAUCGACUUAUAAUGAAAAAAAGAAUAAUAUUCUAGAAUGAAUUUUAUUUAUUUAUUUUUUUAUUUUUUUUUGUUUUUAAAUAUCAAACAUUAAACUGCCAGAGAGAGAAAUGAUGUAAGGAUGAGGAAUAAAAUUUCCAAAUCCCGUCCGGCAACGCGAUAGUCAAUAUAGCAUGUGAUACAUGUCGAGAUAUUAUAUAUAUAUAUUAUAUUCUAGUCAUACACGCGUACAGAUCUUAAAUAUUCAUAUACAUAUUAUAUAUAGAUAUAUAUAUAUAUUUAAUAAUUCGAAUUGAGCCAUCGAUUGUAUAACUUAUUUAUAUACAUAAUGCGUUUAUUAAGAGUUUACUACGAUGUGCCAAGGAUAUAUCCAUUUCUUUUGCGAGAAUAAUCGAAUCGCAUGGACCUAGACGAAAGACGAAAAUAUUCCUAUUUAAAAAUGAUUUUUUAAUUAAUUUAAUGAAAUUAAAUUUGGAAUCUUUCGCUCUCUGAUAGGUCUACACGAGACAUUUUAAAAAAUCUAAAGACGCUAUUAAAGUGGCAAACAAUAACGAUUAUUAUUAUAUUAUUCAUAUAAAAUUCCUAAUGACUUUGGUCAUUGAAUAACAAUAAAAGUAUGCGAAGGCUAAUAAUGAAAACAGACGAAGAUAUUUGUUGUAGAGUGUAGAUUUUACUGUUUAGUGCUCGAAUAAAAUCUAUUUAAGAAAGUUAUAGAUCGGAUGGGUGCUCUGAAAGAAAAUCGUUAAAUAUAAAACGGAAGAAAUAUAAUAUUAUUUUAGUCAACUUCGAUAAAAUAAGAAAUAAAAAAGAUUGAUAAUGAUCUAUAUUCCUUCAGGGCAACCGUAAUAUAGAAUUUUAAUUGCAAAAUACAUACAUCGAAAUGAAUCAAUAUACUGAUAAUAUAAUUAUUAUUAAAUGAACGAUAAUACAUUUUUAAUAUAUAUAAUAAUUUAAUAUCGCAUAUACGGUAUAUAUACUUUUCAAAUAUUUUACACUUUAAUCUAUUUUAAAACGAGACACAAGUUUCUAAUUAAUGAUUUUCAAUUUAAUUACAAAGAAAGAUAUCAGAAACAUGUGAGUCGUUUAAUGAAAAUCGAUCUUACAAUCGUUCUACUAUCAUUAUACAUUACGAUAUAUUACAUUAUAUCGUUAUUACCGUCAUAAUUAUUAAAAAAAAUAUAUUGAUUGAUCUUAGAAAAAUUAUGAACACCAUAUAUGAAUCGCAAUAUCAAUUAUAAAAUAAUUAAUAAUUUUUUUUUAAAUUAAUUUUUAAAAACCAAUUAUACGUUAACAAAAGCAGAUGAUUAUUAUCUAAAUCAUCGUACACGUGAUGAAUUGGUGGCGCCAUCAUGACAACCGCGCGACGAAGUAUCAAUUUGAUUCCACUCGAAUAUUUUUUUGAAACAAAAUAUAGUAUUGUUGUAAAAUCUAACUUUUAAUUCACAUAACCGUGUAAGAAAAAAGUUGCAUAUUAUAGAAGAUGUCAGAUUCAAUGGAAUAAAUCAAUUACCGCAUUGUAAGGCGAAUUUCGUUCAAGUUUGAAAGGUUCGACAAGUGGCGCCAUCAUGGCCGCCACUUUACGGAGCAUUCACUUGAUCGUCUUCCGUCCUUCUAGGAGGAUCUUACACCGUAUGUGCCUGAUACGGCGAGGCUUAUUGUGUGUGUGUCUUGUCGGUGGCUUCAAGAUGGCCUGUAGGCUGGUUCUACGCGCCAUGGUGUGAUCAUUUGAUUCCCGGUGGUUGUGUCUCUGUAAACGUUUCGUGAAGAAUUCGUCAGUGUCAAAACGACGACGUGACUCGACCGGCUGGUAACUCGGGGCAACCUGAAAAUGUGACAAUCGACUGAAAACCGUCACUUGUGAACAGACCAUUGGCCAGCCUGUGCUUAUUUGCCGUUGACGUCAAUUAAGGUCGAAAUAUACCUUGAAACAGUUUGAUUCAUUGCUUCAUGAUGCUCUUCGACGAAGGAUUAACUUCAUGGACGGUAUCAUGCGUUCACGAAUAAUCUGAUAGGAACACGGUAAGGACGUCUUAAAUAUUAUACAAGCAAUUUGGUGGAGAGAGGACUGCUAUGGCCCUUAGUUGCGAGGUGAUUAAUUAUCAAACGCUCCAGAUGGAAUCGCCUUCGGCCCAGGACCGUCUUAUCGAGGCCCAAGAAGAUUUCACCUCGGCGGAAUCGACAUCGGAAACGACAACUGCGUCGACGGAGGAACCGUCGACAGUCACGGGGACCGAAUCAACGGAACGUGACGAAGAUGUCGGUUGUUCGAUGACCACAGCCGAAGAGGUGGACAAUGUCAUCAAUGUUCGUGAAUCCAUCGAUAACGAGGAAACGUUUGUCAGUGUAGAAUCGUGCGAGGCUUCGCUCGCUUCUCUCGAGACCUCGAACGACUCUUCGACCGACGAAGGUCAGCUAGAUUUCUCCGACAUGGGUCUUAAAUUGGGGAAGAACGAGAAACGAUCCGAGGACGAAGAUGUGGAUGUGAAAUCGAACGUAGAAGUGAAAUCGAACGAGUUAAUCGUUGAACAAGAUUGUUUAGAGGCGGUAUCGACACCGACAUCGACGUCGACGUCGACGACGAUGCUAACUAUAUGCACGACAACGCAGACGACGGCAUCUACGGCGAUGCCAACGUCAUCAUCAACGUCAUCGUCGUCGUCGUCGCCAUCGCCGUCGCCGUCGUCGUCGCCGUCUCCGUCGCCCUCGCCAUCGUCGUCGCCAUCACCAUCGCCAUCGCCAUCGCCAUCGCCGUCUUCGUCGAUGAUUCAAUGCGUCGAAAAACAGACGGAGUAUUGUAAAACCAGUGACGGCGAAUUCAUCACCUCGUCGCCGAUAUGUAGAAAAAGACCGGCUAGCGAUUUCCUGCCGAUCAAUGCGGAGAUCAAGCGGAUCGGCGUCGAGAUGCCGGAGAACGAAUCUAAUCAAGUAAGGAGGAUCUCGCCCGUGCUGGUCUCUCUUCGAGAGCGCACCCUCGGUGAGAUAUCCUUGUCCUCGGACUCGUGUCUGUUCGAUAACGACGUUGGAAGUCGAUGUAUCCCGAGAAAUAACAGGAUCCUCGAUGAUUUGUUAACGAGUACUAACUGUAGAUUGUCGACGAGCGCGAGUCUGGACGAUUCUUUUCAAACGGAUCAUGAUACCGAGGCAAUAGAUUGCACGGACACUGCGGAACGCAGGAUCUGCAGAGUAGCGACAUCGUUGGAAGGUGAAUGUACCAAUGGCAGCGUCGAGGAGGCGCUGGCAGAGCAGAGCGAAAAGCUCGAGUAUCCGGACCCGUUCAUCGACGAGGAUUCCUGUUGUUCCCUGUCUCGCGACAGCCCCGAGCGGAACCUUAAAAAGUGUCAGGAGCCGAAACAGUGCGAGGAGCCGAUCGACGACGAGUGCUCGUGCAACGACGCUAUGCCUGCGAACGAUGCUUGCGCUAUUGCGCACGACGAAACGUCUAAUGAACUGAUAAAAAAUUCGUUACCCAAUUUAAUAGUUAAGGUGGAACAGAUCGAUUUGUCCCGUUACUUAGCGGCCGAGCGGAAAGAUAAGAAGCGUAUGGUUAUCGUACCUAAGAGAAAGCAAAAGAAAAGUAGCGAAUGCAAGGAAGACGCCGGUGACGUCGACGUAAGGACUGAUCCCAAAGAAUCGUUGCAUUGUUUUGUCCCAUUGUGCACUUAUACGAGCGAAAGUGAUCAAAAGACUGAGUCACAGGACCAGGAGAAACAAGUAGACUCCGUCGUAGUAUCCACGUUGCAAACGGCACAAGAGAAAUUAGAAUCAUCUUUCACCACCCCCAUCAAGGAAUGCAAGGUGCUCUUACAGAGGAUAACGUUGCCGAAAGCGGUGAGAACGACGACAACGAUUCAGACAGUGGAUAAGGAAGAAACGGCACCGAGAGCGAUAAUAGAAAAGUUGGCGGAGGACGAGGAGGUCGUGUUUUCCUUCCCUCUGCCCUCCUCCACGAAUCUACAAUCCUUAAACAAUUUAGAUUCGAUCGAGACGGCGAGACCCAGCUCCCCGGAGGAGUUGUUGGAAUCUACCACGGAUGUUCCAGAAGCUAUCGAUACAGAGACGGAAACCGAGACUGGGUCCGAUAGUUCUGAAAUGUCGAGCAUGGCGAACGUACGCCUCGGUGGAUGCGACGAUGACGCUGCUUCCGACCAAAUAUCCUGUCAAGAGAGCGAGUCCAUUUGUUGCGUCGAUAUUAAUCCGGAGAUCAUAUCGAGGUUGGAGCCGGAGAGACCGGAAGCUUUCACCGAGGAUUCAGCGGAAAGUUUGGCCCUUGCUACCGGUGCACGAGAUGAGGUUAGAUCGGAUGGAAGCGAUUCUGGGCUGGGAAGCGAGAUUCCUGGUGAUCCAGGGCCUGCGCCAGUGCCGGAAAGCGAUUCCGAGACUUCUUUCUUAGAUAGGAUACCAGAUGAUAUACUUUCCGACAAAGAAAAAGCAGUAAAUCAAUUGGAUAGCUUUGUACCGAACGUGGAUGUAUCCGACACGCCACAGACGCCAUUGGCGAAUUUUCGUAGUCCUUCGAAGAGUAAUCUGAAACGAAGAUUGAUGGAUUGUAUGGAAGGGGUUCCUAGCCCAAAGAGAAGCAAUACGGACGAAUCGAUGAAAAAGAAACGCAAUAUUCAGUUCGAUGCAGUCACAGUUUAUUAUUUUCCCAGGGCACAAGGUUUUACUUGUGUACCUUCUCAGGGUGGCAGCACUCUUGGCAUGAGCGCAACACACACUCAUGCUGAACGAUUCUCGUUAUCGGAGCAUGCUGCUGAACAGAGGCGAAUUCAUCGUGCUAGACUAGCUCAAUUACGCUCCGAGCGUGCUGCAAAUUGCGUAUCGGAAGCAGCAUCCAGUUCCGAGGAUCCUAGCGACGAUACAGACGAGGAACAAAGUGAUAACGAGGAUCUGGAUAUCGAUAGUUAUUACUUCUUGCAACCAGUGCCUACAUGGCAGAGACGAGCUUUACUUAGAGCAGCAGGAGUACGUAGAAUAGACGCGGUCGAGAAGGAUGAAUGUCGCGACAUUAGAGCUAGCAGAGAACAUUGUGGUUGCGGGUGUAAAGGAUACUGCGAUCCUGAGAGCUGUCCUUGUAGUCGAGCUAAUGUAAAGUGCCAGGUUGAUAGAGCGGGUUUCCCUUGCGGAUGUACUCGCGAUGGUUGUGCAAAUAGUUCAGGCAGGAUCGAGUUUAAUCCAGUACGAGUACGAACGCAUUUCAUUCACACGUUAAUGCGGUUAGAGUUAGAAAAAAAGCAACGAGAAGAGGAAGAAGGCGCGGAUCAUGACGCUUCCGACAAUCAAAACGGUAGAAGUCCGUUACGAGAGAUCAAUUUAGGAUCCGUGAUGGAGAAUAGGACCACGGAAUCAUGUUUGAAUGGCGGUGGAUUUACCACGCUGCAUUAUGAGAAUCAUGACGCUAGAGAUGGCGGGACAAAUUGUCAGCCAGAAGUAUCUGGUACAAGAGAGGAUAGCCUGGAUUUGUAUGCGAUUAGAGAUGAUUGUUAUCCUAGCGAAGAUACCGUUGACGGUACGCAGGGACCUCAAAGAAAACUUCAUCCUGAAUUUAGUCAAGCUUUUCAAACAUUCUCAGGCCAAACAAGUGCCGGAGUAAACUUUCAACAACCUGCUUAUCAGGAUUAUCAGCCUUACGCUAAUCUUCCUUCCACAUCUAGGGUGCAAUUUCAGCCGCAAUUCCAAACGGUGCCAGGAAAUGCAGGGUUCUCACAUUAUGCGCCUUACGGACAAGAUACCGGAUCAAUUCAGGGGAACUGCCAGGUCCAUCCCGGACAACAUUCUUCCAGCUAUGAAACUAGUUUUGCGCAAGAUGAAACGACCGGAUCACAAUAUACAAAUUUAAAUUCGGUACAGCCAAUGAAUACUGUGGUUCAACAGAUGGGUAAACUAGAACCAUUUUCUGAACUUUUGUCUGGUAGAUAUUCGUAUUAUGGUGAAAUGGAGCCUCAGCCGCACAGUACUUAUCACGGUAAUGGAACCAAGGUUGAGGUAGAAAAAAACCAAGGUAACGAACAGCAAUCGGAAAGUACAGAGGAGUGCGAUGAAAAUUUUGGAGAAAUCAUAAAAAAAUCAAUGGUUGAGACUGUAUCCGCUUAGAUCAAACUGUAGAUACAAAGAAUUGUCUAUGUGCAAGUCCGUCAAAACGUUUUUGACCCAUAGUGAUUUAUAAUGAAAAAUAGAGUAAUUUCGACAAGUUUUCGUCGGAAACCUCGCGAAUAAAAGGAAAAAAAAAAAAAGAAAAAAAAUAAUAAAAAAUAAAAAAGAAGAAGUAUCCCGAUAAGAAGGUACUGGAAUUUUAACCAGUCAUCCUUCCAUGCGUUAGAUAAAUCUGAGUAAAUUGUUUAUGUGGUUUUCGAACAGAACAAAUGUUCUCCUCGAGAAUCACUCGCGGUUAACUACGACGAGUCCCGUGGAUGUCGUUAGAAAAAUUACGCGGAUACGUGUGCGUCCGCCCGGGAUGGAGCUUUGAGACAUCGUCCUUGUUCCUUUAUUAUAAAAUCAUCGAUUGUGUAAUUGAUUGAAUGGAUAAGACGAUGUUCUCAAUAAACGUGAAGAGAAUCCAGGGCCGCCAAUUCGGUGAAGGAUUUUCGAGGAAAGGUCUUCGUCGAAAAUCUUCAUGAACAGUCUCCUUGAACCGACAAGAAUUCUGUACAGUUACAGAAUAAAUUCAACGAGGUUGUGACCAAGAAACAACAUAUGGGAUCAGCUUAGAUUGCAGUUUAUAAUACUUAACUUUAAUACUUUAAUCAUAGGAACGCGGGUCUCGCGUCUUUUUAAAAAAAAGGAUAAAACAAGUUUUCGAAUGUGUGACAGCGGCGAUGGCGAAAAACUUAAUAUUUAAUUGCGACAGCGAAAUCGAAAGGUGUUCGCAUUGCUGAUCAGAAAGGAAAAAAAAAAAAAAAAAAAAAAGGCAUAUGCAUGUACACACAAAACACAUUUAUAUUACGACCACGAAAUAUGAGCGAUUGUGAUACCAGUGCAUAUGUGAAAAUGUAAUUUGCCAGGAUCGUAGAUUAAGAAAAUAAAUUAUGGGACUUUUUUUAUGCCAAUUAGUAAGGGAUCGAGUUUGAAUGGUUUUUCAACGGAUGAUGAUUAAAGUUAGAGACUUGAUACUUUCUCGUGUUAUAAUGAAUGCACGCGUUAUUAGGAUUACAUAUGGAUGUACAUGUUUCGAAUGUUAGGGAGACUAUAGUUGGUUGGCAUACGAAGCGCACGCUGUCUACAGAACACAUAAUAUUUAAGCCCUCGUAUAUUUUUCUCAUUUUUUUUGUAUGACACCUUGAAAUUGCAUUCCUUUUUUUAAUAUCACGCACAUUCUACAAAGAUGUGAACAAAAAAUGAAUUUUUUUUAUGUGAAAAAAUAUAGAUUUUUUUUUUUUUUUUUCAUUAAGAAUUCUCACGUCUUUUCUCGGUUUGAUCAAUGGCUCGAUUUCAAUCAUUGCAAUUUCAAGGUAAUCGUUAACAUGAACAAAAUAAAAAACAAAUCUGCGCGAAGUUUUUUUAAUUUUUUCAAAAACUAUAGUAAACAAAAUCUAAUGGUAAAUAUAUCAUAUUCAGAUAUUCUUUUGCACACCCAUUGUUACUCACCUUGUAGAUUUUCAGACACAGACCUCUUUAGCAUCCCGGGACGUUGAUCGCUAUACCCACGAUUAAUUGAAAUAUUACACAUAAGAAAACAAUGAUAACGACGCUAGUAUUAAAUUUAUACAUACUUAUUGGACGUGUCAGCUCCCAAGCACUUUUGACGAUCUUCUAUUUCCGUGUUUUACACUGUGUUCAUCGUCGCUGAUUGGUGCCUAAAAUCGUUACGUUUGUUGUCAGUGUACAAUGAUAACGAAAUCUCAUUUUCGAAAAUAGAAGAAACGAGAGGGACGUAGAUUUAAAGAGUUAAGAUGUUGCGAGGGAUGUGACACCUCCGUAUAACAUAAAUAUACAUAUAAACUACACGUAUGUAAGUAACUUUUAGAGUAUUUGAGUAAAAAAAAGGCAUACAUA